ACCACCACCACCACCACAACCAACACCACCAACACCACCAACACCAGUAAAGGGAGUGAUAGCAACCAGACUCUUCCUAACCAGACUUCUACUGCUGGGAAUGAUGGUCGCAGUAGCAGGGGCCCAAGAAGCUGCCCCCUACCGCUACCCCAACUACCCACCCGCCUCCUCCACGGCAGCGCCCCCCGACACCUCCAUCACACUGGGCAUUAUGUACCCCAAGUCCAUAUUCCGCAAAAAGUACUACGAGAAGGUGAUAUCCGAUGCCAUGUUCUCCGUCACCAAGCUGGACCUCAAAUUCAUGGAAAACUUCAAGCUUGUAAACAGCACAAUCAGCAUGGAGAUCAACCCUUCCCCGACCUUCAUCCUCAACAGUCUUUGCGAGAGGUUUUUGCCGGAGAAUGUGUCUGCAAUUAUCUUUCUGAGUUGCACGGAGAACUACGGGCGCGCCACAGCCUCCGCCCAGUACUUCCUGCAGCUGGCCGGCUACCUGGGCAUCCCCGUCAUCGCCUGGAACGCCGACAACUCUGGGCUGGAGCAGGCGGCACAGACGGGGCUCAGGAUCCAGCUGGCCCCUUCUGUGCAUCACCAAGCGGCCGCCAUGUUGAGCAUCCUCGUUCGCUACCAGUGGCACUCCCUCUCCAUCGUGACCUCUCAGAUCGCCGGACACACCGACUUCGUACAGGCCGUCAGGGAUCAAGUCGCGAGCCAUCAGGAGCAGCACAGAGCCAAGUUCGUUAUCAUUGACACCAUAGUUAUCGACGACGUAAGGAAGUCUCUCAUCCGCCUCAAGAACUCGGAGGCGCGCAUCGUUCUACUCUACUCGACGAAGGAGGAAGCCACUGCCAUCAUGGGCCAAGCGAAGAAAUUGGGGCUGGUGGACAAGGAUUACAUGUGGAUCGUGACUCAGAGCGUGGUGGGCGAUCGGAUGUCCAAGGAACUCCCCGUGGGCAUGUUAGGCGUUCACUUCGACACUUCCAUGGACAGCCUCACCUCGUCCAUUCUCACGGCUGUCGAGGUCUUUGCUUACGCCAUUGAGGAAUUCGUGAACCAGACGCGAUUCCGGAACGGUGACCAGUACCCGCGCCUCUCCUGCAACGACCACAGGAACUCCAAGUGGGCGCUGGGGUCAACGUUCUAUAGACACCUACGCGAGGUCACCAUUCCCAAGGAGCCCACGACGCUGUCCUUCAACGGGGAUGGGACGCGACAGGAUGUGGAGCUGAAAAUUGUCAACCUCAGGGACUCCACCACCAACUCCAAGAUCUGGGAGGAGAUCGGCGUGUGGAGAUCGUGGGAGGAAGAAGGACUGUCCGUGAAUGAUAUCGUGUGGCCUGGUAAUGGACACGUACCACCACAGGGCGUACCGGAGAAGUUUGAGUUGAGGAUUGUGUUUCUAGAGGAGUCCCCGUACAUCAAUCUAGCCCCAGCUGACCCCAUCACCCAUCAAUGCUCGGCCAACAGUGGGGUGCCUUGCCGCGUCCCCCCAUCACCAGAGAGCAGGGCUGCCAACAAUAUCACAUCCCAGACCAUGUGCUGUUCGGGGUUCUGCAUUGACCUCUUGGAGAAAUUUGCAGCUGACCUCGGCUUCACGUACGAGCUGGUCAGGGUGGAUGACGGGAAGUGGGGGACGAUGGAUAAGGAUCACCGCUGGAACGGGCUGAUCGGGGACCUGCUGAGACGGGACGGGCUGGGGGCGGAGAUGGCGCUGACCAGUCUCAAGAUCAACAAGGAGAGGGAGAGUGUCGUGGAUUUCACCGUGCCCUUCCUCGAGUCGGGCAUCGCUAUCGUGGUGGCUAAACGGACCGGUAUCAUCUCCCCCACGGCUUUCCUCGAACCGUUCGACACCGCCUCCUGGAUGCUGGUCGCCUUCGUUGCUAUCCAAGUCGCAGCGUUGACCAUCUUCCUUUUCGAGUGGCUCAGUCCGGGCGGGUACAACAUGAGGAUGGCGCCCCCCCGCGACCACAAAUUCUCGCUGUUCCGGACCUACUGGCUGGUGUGGGCCGUUCUGUUCCAGGCUGCUGUGCACGUGGACUGCCCGAGGGGGUUCACUGCAAGGUUCAUGGCUAAUAUGUGGGCCAUGUUCGCCGUGGUGUUUUUGGCCAUCUACACCGCUAACCUGGCCGCCUUCAUGAUUACGAGGGAGGAGUUCCACGACUUCUCCGGACACAACGACCCCGGGUUAAGCAUGGGAGGGCUACAGUACCCCAGCUCGGUCUCCCCGGCUUACAAGUUCGGCACGGUGGAGGAGACGAACUCAGCGAUGGUCCUCCGCCGACACCAACGUCAUAUGUACAACUAUAUGGUGAGGCACGGGUACAACAGGCCGGCCGUGCAGGAGGGCGUGCGCUCCAUCAAGAAGAACGAGCUCGAUGCCUUUAUCUACGACGCCACGGUGCUGGAUUACCUGGUGGGUCAAGACGAUGACUGCCAAAUCCUAACGGUGGGCUCCUGGUAUUCCAUGAGCGGGUACGGCCUGGCCUUCCCGCGGGGCUCCAAGUACCUCCCGCUCUUCAACAACAAGCUCAUGACCUACAAGGAUAACGGCGAAAUCGAGCGGCUACAAAGGUUCUGGAUGACUGGAACGUGCAAGCCGAUGAAGCAGCAGCGGAGGGCCUCGGAACCCCUGGCCAUCGAGCAGUUCCUCUCCGCCUACCUGCUGCUGGGGAUCGGCAUGGUGCUGGCCGUGGUGCUGCUGGGCCUCGAGCACAUCUACUUCAAAUACGUGAGGAAACACCUGGCCAAGAAGGACAGUGGCGGGUGUUGUGCCCUCGUGAGCCUGAGUAUGGGCAAGUCCCUCACCUUCCGCGGCGCUGUGUACGAGGCAACCACCAAACUCCGCAGACACCGAUGCCGCGACCCUCUCUGUGACACCCACAUAUGGCGGGUUAAGCACGAGUUGGACAUGGCGCGGGUUACCAUCAGACACCUGGAAAAGCAGCUGGAGGCGAGCGGUCACAAACUAAUUCACAAGAAGCCCCCGCAACAUGUCCAGAGCGGUGUAGGCGGUGCGCCGCUGCUUGGCUGCUGCUGGUCCUCCCCCCCCGAGGAGCACACCUGGGUGCGGCCCGCCGCCCUCCCAGUGACUAGCAGCCAGCAACACCUCCUCCAGACAUCCCAGGGAGCGCAGGGGGCGACACCGGGGGAGGGGAUAGCCAGCAUACAAGAAGGAGGAGGAGGAGGUGGAGUUUACAGAAGACAUAAUCCUUCCACCUUGUACAUGGAAACCGUUCUCAGUGAAGCCCCAGGUGGUGGUAUGGGUGGAGGGGGUGGACUAGGGGGGCAUGGAGAAGACCUAGCCCCCCAUUCUGCCCCCCACCCCCAGCUCUCCCGCCCACACCUCCCCAUACAGGCCGCCCCCUCCCCGCUCCUCCCCCAGACGGUCCUGCCCAACACGCCGAGGAAAAGGAGCUUCGAGUCGAGGUCACCUGAUAGCCCUCUCGCCGGACUAAUUAGGUGUCAACAUCAACUGAAAUAGCAGAAAUAGAGACUGUGCUGUAGAGAGAGAGAGAGAGAGAGAGAGAGAGAGAGAGAUUUAUUCCGUCAUAUAAAAACAACAAAACAAAACAGUAAAUAAAAAAAGAAAAUUCGUGUAAACAUGAAUUUUCUUACACACACACACACACACACACACACACACACACACACACACACACACACACACACACACACACACACACACACACACAUGUAAACCUCAUUACUCUUAUGUGUACCUUCAACAUAACCAAGCGUAUGUAUGUAUGUAUGUAUGUAUGUAUGUGUGUAUGUAUGUCGAGAUGUGUACAUAACCCAACUUCAUAACCACGCACAUGAAUGUUAAGCUGAUGAUGAUGAUGAUGUUAUUAGUGUUUUAUAUCAAUGUUGACUUAGUGUUAAGAGAAGGGAGGUAGGGUCUGUCUGUCUGUCUGUCUGUCUGUCUAUCUGUCUGUUUGUAAGGGCGCUCAGGUGUGUUGUGCUCAGGUGAGAAGGUGAAGUGUUAAUUAACCUAGAGGAGGAGGAGGAGGAGGAGGAGGAGGGAAGAGGAAGAUAUAUAAUUGAGAAGAAUAAGAGGAGAGGAAAUGGAGAUGAAGAAGAAGAAGAAGAAGAAGAGGAGGAGGAGGAGGAGGAGGAGGAGGAGGAGGAGGAGGGAAGAAUAAGGUAUGUAAUGGAAAAUUGUAAAAGAGAAGAGAAUGGAAAACAAGUAGAGAGAGAGAAAGAAGAAGAAGGGAAGAAGAAGAAGAAGAAGAAGAAGAAGAAGAAGAAGAAGAAGAAGAAAACCAGAUAAAUGAGAGAAUAAAGAAAAAUAAAGGAGAGAGAGAAAAAGAAGG